CUCAAACUCCAGCAGCUCGACGUCUGGGCCAGCCUCCAUGGCCAGGUCCCGGGACUGCUCGACUGGGACAUGGGGAACGAGGCCUUUCUGGCCUUCACCACAUCGCACCUGCCUGUGGCCGAGCAGAACCUUGCCAGGUACAGGCUUCAAAUAGUCGAACCACCAAGGUUACCUCUGGAGAAGAAGCCCCACGCUGACAGAGAUGGUCCAGAGUAUGAGCCCAACCUGUGGAUGUGGGUGAACCCCAACAUCGUGUACCCACCAGGAAAGCUGGAAGCCCAAGGGGCUAGCGAGAAGAAGGAACCGGCGGGCGCGGUCCCUCGCCCUCGGCUGCCCUGCCAUCAGGAAGAUGCCUGCUGCCCUGAGGCUGCGGGGGCCGCCGGUGCACUGUCACUUUCCUCCCCCGAGCAGUCUCCGUCGCCGAAGCACUUUUCAUCUUCCCCCAGCAGCUGGGAGCUCACGGAAGAGGAGGAGGCCGAGGACCAGGAUGACAGCUCCUGUGUGGCUCUGCUGUCCCCUCACAAAAGGGCCCCCCUCCAGAGCCGGAGGCUUCAGCAAGCCAGCAGCCAGGAGGGGAGGCUCUGGCCCCGGCCCCCUCUCAAUUACUUCCACCUAAUUGCCCUGGCAUUAAGAAACAGUUCCCCCCGUGGCCUCAACGUGCAGCAGAUCUACAGUUUCACUCGACAACACUUUCCGUUUUUCCGGACGGCUCCGGAAGGCUGGAAGAACACCAUCCGCCACAACCUGUGUUUCCGAGACAGCUUUGAGAAAGUGCCGGUCAGUAUGCAGGUCGCGGCCAGCGCCCGGCCCCGCUCCUGCCUCUGGAAGUUGACUGAGGAGGGCCGCCGCCGCUUUGCCGAGGAGGCCCGCGCCCUGGCUGCCACCCAGCUGGAAAGUAUCGAGCAGUGCAUGAGCCAGCCAGGUAUGAUGCCCUUCCUCUUUGACCUUUGA